AUGGAGGUACACGAUCCCGUACAGCAGACAGUUGGAGCGCAGUCCAAAGGCAAUGGCUAUAAGGAUGCCGGAGAGGAAGUACUUUGGCGAUUUCCGGCCGUAGCUGCGCAGAAGCAGAGCCGUGUAGCACAGAAGCUGAGUGGCAGACUCUGCGUAGAUGGUGGUGCUGAAGACCCCCGACGGCUGGAUCACCGCGAGAUACGCGCUGUUGCGGGCCGUCCGCUCGUCAAAGUAGCGUCUGGUGAGCUUGUAGAGCACCGCACAGCUCAGAUAAUGGCUGAUGUUCGAGAUCAGCAGGCCGCCCAGCAGCUUGUAGUAGAUGUUUGCGGACGGGAUCAGCGCAAGCAGGCGCCACCACAGCGGGCCAAACACGUACUCGUGCUCGAAGGUGGGCCCAUCGGCGGCCAGCUUGAGGAAAUAAAUGGCGUCCCAGGCGACGAGCUUCGAAGCCACGUUCGAGACAAACCAUUGCACCGUUUGGGGCAGUUCGGCAUAGUCGGCGCUGUAGUCUGCCAGGAAGAUGUGUGUGGACGUGUCGAAUGGCGCGGGAGCAAAAUACACUAUGAGCAAUUGCGCGAGCUUGAGCAGCACAAACGGGAGGAGCAUAAGCUGGAAAAUAAAAAAUAA